GUCAGUAACACCAAUCCCUUUCGGUUCUCCAGCACCAUCAUGGGCAUAACCAUUUUGCCUCUGAGACUCUUCCUUCCAAGAAGGACCAGGAGGAGGGUGUGACGGAGAAGCUCCAGAACGGGGACCUGGAUCACAUGAUUCCCCAGCACUGCAACAGUGACCUGGAUGGCAAGGCACCCGGCGUGGACGAGAAGGUCAUCGUAGGCUCGAUGUCUGUGCAGGACCUGCAGGCAUCCCAGAGUGCUUGCUACUGGCUCAAAGGGGUCCGAUACUCUGACAUUGGUACCCUGGCCUGGAUGAUCACCCUGAGCGACGGUCUCCACAAUUUCAUCGACGGCCUGGCUAUUGGCGCCUCCUUCACUGUGUCUGUUUUCCAAGGCAUCAGCACGUCGGUGGCCAUUCUCUGUGAGGAAUUCCCACACGAGCUGGGAGACUUCGUUAUCCUGCUCAACGCUGGCAUGAGCAUCCAGCAGGCUCUCUUCUUCAACUUCCUUUCUGCUUGCUGCUGCUAUGUGGGGCUGGCCUUUGGCAUCCUGGCUGGAAGUCAUUUCUCUGCCAACUGGAUUUUUGCACUGGCUGGAGGAAUGUUCUUGUAUAUUGCUCUGGCUGAUAUGUUCCCAGAGAUGAACGAGGUCUGUCAAGAGGAUGAGAGGAAGAACAGCUUCCUGGUCCCCUUUGUCAUCCAGAAUCUUGGCCUCCUGACCGGCUUCUCCAUCAUGCUGGUCCUCACAAUGUACUCAGGGCAGAUUCAGAUUGGGUAGGACCCCGCCCCCGGGGAGCCAGUGGCAUUUCGCAUCAGACUCUGGGCCUUACGUCCCCGGCCUGAGGACUCAGCAUCCAUGAAGCAUCAUGGAAGAGGCAGUUCUUUACACACUGGCACAGACUGCCUGCAUUCAGAUGUCAGCUGUUUCAAAAUAUCCUGUCCCAGGAAGAACCUGCCCCGGGAAUCUCUAGGUAGUGCCUCAAACCGUCUCCCCGACCCUUUCCAUGUGUGAUUCUGGAACUGAAAUGCCUCACGUAGGACACACCUCCCUUCUCCUUCUGGUCACCCUCGUCUAUCUCUUUCUCUCGGAGGAAGCACCGAGAGAUGUUGAAUCUUUUACAAUGUAAAGAUGAAGCCAAUGGUCAUGGUUUAGUUAGAAAUAUCAGGGUGGUUUCCAGCUUUGGGGGCCUGUGAUUCUGAAUGUGUGUACCCUGGAACUCAGGUCAGUCCAUCUUGACAUGGGUUCUCGAGUUUUUACAGAGAAAGGACAGAAGAUAAGAAUCCUGGUUUGUUUGUUUUUUUUUUCAGUCUGUUCAGUUAACUGAUCUCUGAAAGAGACUGGCAUUCUGAGCAGUUGAGGCAGGGGAUCACCUCGAGUGACAAGGAGGUAGAACUAGUGGUGGAUGUCCUGUCUCCUUGGUGCUCUCUGGUCCUCACUAGGAUGCUGGAUGCUGGUUGUAUGCAGCAUCUGUGUCACACAGGCAGCCAGGUGAGCCACUGUGAACAGUCUCCGGAGUGGCAAGAGGUCUGCACUAAAUCAAUCCACUUUGCCCUGAUUUUCACACACACACACACACACACACACACACACCCUCUUGGCUUCCUUUUCUAGAUACUUUUUAGAUGCCUCACUAGGAGCACAUUUAAGAUGUUUGCGGGGAAAUUGCACAAAUUAAUCUCCCCUGGUCUAGCCUUCUGCCUAGGUGAACCUGACGCAGAAUCGGCACACAGUUGUUUAUGCCUUAUUGUGACAAAGGUAUUCAGAAAUGGGGUCAGUGCUGGCCAGACUUAGGACUUGUUAAUUGCAGAAAAAAUAGUUGAAUACCAAGGAACUCUGGACCUUGAGGUCAGACCUUGAGGUCAGGGCUGCGGACGUCACUGCUGCCGGUGAGUUUUAAAGGGGCAACACUGUCUAGCUACCACCUCCUCCCUGGCCCCAGGCAACAGGAUUGAAGCCUGAAUUGAACUGAGUGUAACUUGCUUUCUUUGGCUCCGGAAAAACGGAUGGUUAUGCUUGACAUUUCACACCACAGGCCGGCCUCAGACACUGUGGAGCCCUCUCCUCAGAACUCUGGCUUCCAGGGGAGCUAAUCUCCAGGUUCACUAAGUGAAUUCAUAUAUUAUUAUCAUAUUGAUAACGCAGAUUCCUUAGCCACUUUGGGGAGCCAGUCUCUCCUGGAGCCUUUCUUAGUGGUGCCCACAGUCACAGCCCAGGGGCCAUUGUUUGCAUGGCUGACAGUACUGGUUCAUUGCCAACACCUGAGUCUUUCUGUUCUUACCCAGGAAAACUGUCCAUUAAAAACAGCAUAUAUAUACACACACACAUAUAUAUACACACAUACAUACAUACAUACAUACAUACAUAUAUACAUACACAUAUGUAUAUAUAUGAACACAUGUGUGUGCAUGUGUGAACACAUGUGUGUAUGUAUAUAUAUAUAUAUAUAUAUAUAUAUAUAUCCAUUCUUGGGGAAACAUGCUUGCAACCAGGAACCCUGACAACACACCUCGGGGACACAGAGAUUUGCUCAGUUUCUCUCCGGCACUUACCUCUCUUGCCUUGGGUGGGUUUGAGGAGAGGCAGGCGGAAGAGGAAACUUCAGCAAUCACGGUUCUAGAUUGAAUGUCAGGACCAAGUCCUGGAUUGGGGUCCAGUUUUACCAAAGAACCAAUUCCUUCCACGUUAGAAUCUAAUAGUUCAUGUCAUCGUCGUCGUCGUCGUCGUCGUCGUCGUCCUCACCAUUGUCACUGUUUGAAGAGUCUUUAUCUUUUCUGUUUUAUUUUUCCAACAACUGCAUAAGGAGCUAGCAGAGAUUGACACUCAAACUCUAAGACUGAGCACUGUGUGGUGCUCACCUGUAAUCUCAGCCCUCAGGAGGCAGAGUUGGUCGGAGGCUCAAGUUUUGCACCAACCUGGGCUUCAUAGAGAAUCAGUCGCAGGCCAGCCUGGGCUACAUAGUGAGCUCCUGUGUCAGCCAGACAAAAUGAAGAUUAAAAACAUAAAACUUAGUACUCUUUUAUGUGUGGGCUGAGGGUGUGGCUCGGUGGUAGAGCUUUUGCCUAGUGUGUGUGUGACACCCUGAAUUUCAUUCCCAGCACCACCACACACACCACCACCACCCCCCAAAAAAAGAUUGGAAGAUUCUGCUUAGUUCACGUUCUUGUGUACUAGAAUUUAAUUUUAGAGUCCCCUCUAGAUGCUAUUAUUCCUUAAAUCCCCUUCAUGCUGAAGGAGGACGGUGGCUUUAGAAGAGCUUAAGAAUAGUUUUAAACAUGAGAUAGGGUGCUUGCCAUGCACACUUCACAGGAACUCGAGAACUUUCUUGUGCAGACAGCUGCCUUUAAAGGGAAAUCCUGGAGCCUCAUUCUUCAGGGGUUGGGGUGGGGUGCUCCAGUCCAUCUGAUUAUCUGUGGCUGUUGGCAGCAGAUUUGCCCAGCGAGUUGAAAUUGUGGCCACUGAAUCUUUCUGACUGCCAAAUGUUGAACUUGCUGUUUUAAGCAUUUGUACAUAUUAGAAGUCCAAGGGGUGGUGGGUUGUUUAGCAGACUUUUCCCCCUCUGGCCUUAUUGCCUGUAGCUUCCUGCCCCCUGCUAACACUAGCAGGGAAAGUGCUUGUCACACAGAGGAGCCCUUAGCCAGGGACAGGGUCCUGUCACUUCGCACCUCAUCCCUGACCUCACCUUUUGUCACCCACCCCUUACCCCCAAUAUUUAGUGUCUGGUGUCUGGUGUCAGCAGGGGAGCGUUCUUCAGUAACCCUUCACCCUGGGUUUUAAACGAGUUCUCUGUUUGGGUCGCCUAGGAUCCAGCUUUAGUGAACCCUCUUCCAAAGAGAUGCAGAUAAGCUGGGUGAUUUUUUGCAAAAAGAAAGAGGAUUUUAUUCAUAGUUCCCUUUACAGUUCCAUCACAGUAUUUUUUAAAAUAACUCAGGUGUUAUGAGAAGAAUUAGAAAAUAAAAUAACUUAUGUCAUGUGGACUGUAAGUGUUUUAUUUGUAAGAUUCUAUAAAUAAAGCUAUAUUCUAUAAGAA